AUGAUUAUUUCAUUGAUCAAUGCUGCAAAAGUUUGUCCUGGCUAUGGAUUUAUACAUGAACCAGAAAACUGUACAUCAACAUGUUCAGCGACUAAUGAUCAAUGUCCUCCAGAAAAAAAAUGUUGUUAUAUUAUUACAGAACCAUGUGGUUUUCAUUGUAUUGUACCAAAAGAUAAUGUCGAAAAAUCAGGCAAGUGUCCAACUUCAUCACCUAAUGAUCCAAACUGGUUUUUAUGUGAUGCACACAGUUGUGAUGUUGACAAUGAUUGUCAAGAUAUUCAAAAGUGUUGUCCAAAUUCUUGUGGUUCUCCUAUAUGUAUGACACCAAAAUGA